UAUGCGCACAGUGCACACCACACCAGCACUCUCUUCCUAGACUUCCUUCGUCUAUCCGCCACGCCACGUCGCCUCACCACGUUCCUUAUCCUGUGCCAAUGGUAUACUUCAGCCUUCGCCUUCGCAUUUGCGCAUUUUAACGCGCCACACGGGUUUUCUCUCUCAUGAGAUUUUCACACUCUCUGUCUAAAACUCCUUUUUUGGCUCCAAUUAUGGCGUCCGGGUUGGAAUCUGGUUCGGCUUCGCUGAUGUGGUUUAGAAAGGGGCUCCGGAUCCACGACAACCCGGCGUUAGAGUACGCUUCGAGGGGAUCAAAGUGUGUUUAUCCUGUGUUCGUUAUUGAUCCCCAUUACAUGGAGCCUGAUCCUACGGCAUUCUCUCCCGGGUCGACCCUGGCCGGUCUCAACCGAAUCCGGUUCUUGCUUGAGAGUCUGGUCGAUCUUGACUUGUCUUCGAAGAGGCUCGGGUCAAAAUUGCUGAUUUUGAAGGGCGAGCCGAGUGAAGUUGUGAUUCGGUGCUUAAAGGAGUGGGAUAUCAAGAAGCUUUGCUUUGAGUAUGACACAGACCCGUAUUAUCUGGCUUUAGAUAAGAAAGUUAAGGAUUAUGCGUCUACAGCUGGAAUUGAGGUAUUUUCUCCAGUGAGUCAUACACUCUUUAAUCCUGUAGAUAUCAUACAGAAGAAUGGGGGAAGGCCACCACUGAGUUAUCAAUCAUUUUUGAAGCUUGCCGGGCAACCCUCUUGGGCAUCAUCCCCCUUGUCAAUCUCUAUUUCGUCACUUCCUCCUGUUGGAGAUGUUGGAAGUUGUGAGAUUACAGGAGUUCCAACAGUUGAAGAACUUGGCUACAGAGACUAUGAAAAGGAUGAGUUGACUCCUUUUAGAGGUGGUGAAUCAGAGGCCUUGAAGAGAUUGAGAGAAUCUAUCAGUAACAAGGAGUGGGUGGCAAACUUUGAGAAACCUAAAGGCGACCCAUCCGCAUAUGUGAACCCAGCAACAACUGUUCUAUCACCUUACUUGAAGUUUGGCUGUCUGUCUUCCAGAUAUUUCUACCAAUGCCUUUCUGAUGUUUAUAAGACUGUCAAAAAGCACACAUCACCACCAGUAUCCCUACUUGGACAGUUGCUAUGGCGAGAUUUCUUCUACACUGUAGCGUUUGGCACCCCAAAUUUUGACCAGAUGAAGGGUAAUAGAAUUUGCAAGCAGAUUCCUUGGAAUACUGAUGAUGAACUGCUGGUUGCUUGGAGGGAAGCUAGGACAGGGUACCCUUGGAUUGAUGCUAUUAUGGUCCAGCUUCACAAGUGGGGUUGGAUGCACCAUCUUGCUCGGCAUUGUGUAGCAUGUUUCCUAACUCGUGGAGAUCUGUUUGUUCAUUGGGAAAAAGGACGUGAUGUCUUUGAAAGACUUCUCAUUGAUUCAGACUGGGCAAUCAAUAAUGGAAAUUGGAUGUGGCUAUCAUGUUCAUCAUUCUUUUACCAGUAUAAUCGUAUCUAUUCUCCUGUAUCAUUUGCAAAGAAAUUUGACCCCAACGGUAAUUAUGUUAGGCAUUUUCUGCCUGUUUUGAAAGAUAUGCCAAAGCAAUAUAUUUAUGAGCCGUGGACAGCUCCACUAAGUGUUCAAUCUAAAGCAAAGUGCAUAAUUGGAAGAGAUUACCCAAAACCAGUGGUUUCACAUGAUUCUGCAAGCAAAGAAUGCAAGAGGAAGUUGGGCGAAGCAUACGCUUUGAACCAAAAACUGAAUGGCCAAGUGAGUGAAGAGGAUUUAAAAAAUUUAAGAAGAAAACUGGAGGAAGAUAAAGAGCAGGAGUCCAGAAGGCAGAGACAAAAGCUGACUGGUUGACUCAAAUAACAUCACUAACAAAUGAGGUCCGCCAUUACAAGAGAAUAGUUUUCCAAUCUCUCAUAGUCUGUAAUUGUGAGCACUCAAUAAAUGUGACACGCACCUGCGCAGGUUGGCACAGGUGUGGCCAUGCUACGUGUGACCCUGCGACAGUAAUCAUGGCUUAAACUCUUCUGACUCCAAUACACCAAGGGCAUACCAAAUUAGGUGUAAUCUCUUAACCACAAUCCUUCCAAGUCUGUUUCUCUUCAUCAAUUUAGCUAACCAAACUGAUAUCUAAAGUGUUGUUGUUCCGGGAACAAAGUUGCUUUUUUUUUUUUUUUGGGUCAUCUCUAAGAAUUGAAUCAAAUGGGAACAAAGGUUUGGCAAAAUUUGGUUAAUCCUUUCAUGCCAUUGAUGUUAGAAAAUGAUUUUGUACUGUA